AAUAGAAAAAACCCAGUCGCGCCUCACUGUAUCCUUACGCUACAAAUGAAGGUUGUAAGCUGCUGACGAGAAUCCACGAAGUAAAUGAACUCAUCUUUGCUACUCUUGUUGUUCUUGCUUGGUUCAAAUUUACCAAUGCGAAGAAUUGUAUGAAGAAAUUAACAAGUUGAAAGUCGGGAAAAUAUCUCAUUAUUUGGUUAGUUAUAUAUGUCAUCAAAGAAACCACCCAAAGCAUUGUACGUUCCACCAGCUUUGAGAGCAAACAAAAAUGCGGGCGAAGUCAAAAAAGAGUUAUCCUUUUUAGAAUCUCCAAUAUCAUAUGCUUCUGUGAAUGAACAAACUGAUGUAGAACAACAAUUAAAAUCACUUACACUUUCUGACAACUGUAUUGAUGAUGACGAAUGUGUACUCAAAAAAAAACUUUUUAAUCAAAAGCUGUCACAUAAUGAUAGCAACAGUGAACCAGUCAUAAGGUUGAAAGAUUUCCAACAUAUUUUAGAGUUAUAUAACUUUUCAAAAGACUUUCAAAAUUUUCACUUGGAAGCGGAACUCACAGGAUUUGAAGAUAGUGGAUUUUACCUUAAAUGGGUCGAUGAUACUCAUUGUUUAGCUGUAUUUUCUUCAAAUGAUGAAGCGAAUCGUGCAUUGGCUCAAAUAUCAGGAUUUUUUAUGAAGGCUCGUAAAAUUAAUGAAGCUUCUUUGGCUAGCAAGUUGAAGAUUGCUCGUUCACCUGGCGACUGGACUAUGCCCUAUAAAAAACGACCAGUUACGACUAGCUCAACAGCUCGAAGAUUAAUUUCCAAUCAUUUGGGUAUUGUUCCUACUAAAAUCAAAUCUCCUGAGGAAGCUAUGAAAGAGGAACAAGAUAAAGCUCUUUUACGAGAAGCACGUGCUCGUGCGGAAGCUAUUCGUCAGGCCCAGAAAUCUCUAUGGGAAGACGAAUAAUGUGACAAUGACAAUUAUGUUUUAGAAUUAUUCCUGUAAAAAGAGUGAUUUUUUGCUUUUGGAAUCCUUUCUAUUUAUAGUGAGAAAAAAUAUCUUUGCAUUUGACUGAAAAUUCAUAUCAUAAUCAUUAGGUAGUAUCAUGAGUAAUAUCUAACUUAUAUUUUUUCCAACAUUGACUUGUUAAUUUUUCAUCUUUUUACUAUGUCUAUCUGUUUACAUGCAAACACUUUAUGCCUUUUCGCUUGUUUAAUGUAAAUUGAAUAUAUCAUUAAUAAAUCAUGAAACUUUCUUCAUCAUGUGUAUCUAUUUGACAUGCUUCUUGUUACUUUUGUAAAUCAUCUAAUUGUAUUUUUAAUAUGUUUCUUUCUUGUUCUAUAUAUGAGUUUAUUGUAAUUUGUUAUAUCUGGUGUUAAGUAUGCUUUUUUAUUUCACUAGGCGUCGGAUUAUAUUUUUUCGGUUUAUAUUGAUCUUAGAAACAUAAAAAAUACGACAGGG